AUGAUAGGAAAAAAAACAACCUCUGAUUUUGACAUAAGGUAUUUGGCUAUUUGUUACCCAUUGAAAUCUCGGAAUCUCCAUUCCAUUUCCAAUGCUGUCUUUGCUAUUGUCAUGAUUUGGACCCUCUCCCUGCUUUUUGCAGGGCCCUAUCUCAGCUAUUACCAAACUGUUAAUUACCAGGAGAGGCCCAUCUGUGUUCCUGUUUGGGAGAGCCAACACCGCAAGAUUUUAGACACCCUCACUUUUGUGUUUAGUUACAUCCUCCCAAUCUCUGUUGUCAGCCUGGCUUAUGCCAGAACCAUCAAAUUCUUGUGGACUGCUGUAGACCCUCCGGAAGGAAUCUCAGAGUUCUGCAAAGCCAAACGGAGGGUUACCAAAAUGAUUAUUGCAGUGGCUGUCCUCUUCUGCUUGUGUUGGCUGCCCCACCAUCUGGUGAUCUUGUGCUUCUGGUUUAGCUACUUCCCCUUUAACCAAGCUACCUAUGCCUUACACCUAGCUUCUCAUUGCUUGUCAUAUGCCAAUUCCUGCCUCAACCCAAUUGUCUAUGCUCUCAUUUCCAAGCACUUCCGCAAGAAGUUCAAACAAGUCUUCACUUGUGUUCUUGUCUAAGACAAGAACAAGAAAGUAGCUGACAAGAAGAUCCAGGUGGCCAAUGUUGCUGAUGGUUUAAUCAACCAGACUGCAGGUUUCUAUGGAGGAAAAGAAGUAACAUGGUUUAAUGAGGAAAAUACGAGCUACUACAUGGACCUGUUGUUGAGAUGAAGGGAAGGCAAGUUUCCUGAGGAAUGGCUCUAGCAUUUACAAGACACUACCAUAUCUGACCAGAAAUAUCAAAAGGACCAAGAAAGUUCUGGAGCAAUCAGAAAUCACCCCAUUGGCUGCAAUUCCACAUGGACAACAGUAAUUUUAAAAUAUUAAUGGCAGAUGGUAUCAAUCAUCCUUUUUCAGCAUGACUACCAUAUUCUCAUUCAAAUCAGGCUCAGGUGGGUGGAGGAGAGUAAUUCAAGUCAGUUUUUGUCAGUGCAACCAAAGUAUCCGUAAUUCCUUAAGGAACAUCUUGAUAUGACUUUGGAUUCUCUCCACAGUGGGCUGAGGAUGCGACAAAGACAAUGUCUUGAAGACAAGUAAUUUAAAAAUGGUUCACAAACUGUGCCACAGUUAGAGGUAUGGGAAGAUGAGCUGGAGGCUUCAUUUUAAUACUACUGAUUCGCUCUUUCAGCAAUAGUUACAGAAACCAUAAAUGAAAGCUUCAGAGUUCUUGGCUUAUUGUAGAAAUAAAAGGUUUGGAGAUAUACCUGUGAACAAUUGGGGUUGUUGUUUUGCUGUUUGUUUUAGCCUACAUACCCAGACUGAUAAAUGUACAGAGCAUGGACCCCUUCUCCCCUUCCUCUCAUUUUAUAAUUAAGACAUA